GUUGUGUUACUGCGUAAAUUGGUGAAAGUUUACGCUCCCUUGUUGCGUAUAAAAAGCGUCUAAUUAAAUAAAUUGAGAUAUCAACGGAUUGAUGCCUCGACGCCGAGGUGUUGCAAGCCUGUACUCCCUGGGGGUGUCAGCAACCUCUAACCUUCUUCUUCAAGGAUGUCAGAAAUGUGAUGCUAAUACCGACCUAUUCUCCUACCCACCCAGUCCAACAAAAUCCCCAACGAAAAUCAAGAUCUCUCCGUGUCGUUAUGAAGUCGACACGACCCUGUCGGUUGAACUACGUGUCGUCAAGGACUGGUUGGGGAACCUCCCCGAUACCGUGGUCGAGGAGGUCGUCUCAUCAACCCUCUUCAACCUCGAAGCUAGGCUUCUCGUGGACAAGGACAAGAAGCUCAUCCUCACACUCAUUAACAUUGAAACCAUUAAAAUGAAUGAUUUCUUUUUUGGAAUUCAUUCACUGUUAAACAUUCUUCGUGGAUUCUGCAUCACAAAUUUGAAUAUUUCAAAACGGCUGUGGUGUAUUCUCUGGGAGUAUGAAGAGAUACUGAACUCUAAACUACUAAGAGAAGUUGUUGCAACCGCUCUACCUCAUCUACCUUCACUCUCUACCCUGAACCUGGCUUAUUUAGCUGAUGACAGGAUGAUGAUCACUAUCGGGAAGUAUCUUCCUUGUCUCCUAUCCCUGGAUAUAUCCAACAGUUUGGUCACGGACCGAGGUAUAAAACUGCUGGCAGGAUCUUCUAGUGUAUCCUCUCCUCGUCUACAACCUAGUCCUAGUGUUGUCAGGAACCUAUCCAACCUCCUAGAUACUGAACCUAUACUAAUAGAAUAUUCAGACCGUGAUAUCACCUCUCUCUCCACUGAGCUGAAACCAGUUUUCUUGAAACUAGAAUCCUUGACAAUGCAGUCCUGUGAUUGUAUCACGGAGUGUGGUAUCCGGUUUAUCCUGGAGAAAUAUAAAAACAUGAAAACCCUGGUUUAUCAUCAGCGGAGAUCUGUCUUCGAGAUCAUCAUCAAGUGGAGCUCUGAGAUGGAACAUGAAGAUAUUAAAUCUAAAAUUGUGAAACUAGAAAUGUUGGAACAUGGAUUUCCUUACGGUGUUACACCGUUCAGUGAACAGAUUAACAGAUUACUCAGUAUAUGUCCACAUCUCACUAAUCUGAACCUGGUGACUGAUGACAGUAUUUUACCUUAUCUUUCAGGUUUCUCCCAUCUCUCUAGUUUAACAGUAGAACUAGAGGAUUGGAUCGGAGAGGGUUUUAUAACAUUUCUCCGGACUAGAGGAGAACACUUGAGAGAGAUCUCUGUGUCCUGCAGUACAGAUCCUGACUCAGUCCUGGAAACAGUAGAGGGAGGACAACAAGGACAUCUCUUUAAUAUAGUUGUCCUAGCCGUAGCAACACUCUGUAGUAAGGUUACCAAACUGUCUGUAUCCGGGUGUGGAUUAGUGUCAUCACAAAUAGUUGAAUCACUGGAGCUGCUCACCCAUUUAAACUCAACACAGUGGAUCAGGAACAAUUCUAGAAACUGGUUCAGGAACCUGGAAGUUCUGAUGUUGAUGUCCUACGAAGAGACUCUUCCUUCCAUGACAAUACAUUCCGUUCUGCUCCAGUAUAUAUUAAAGGCAGUCUCUAGUCUCCAGAUUCUAUCCUUGGAGGGAAACUUCGGAACCUUCUUUACUGACGACUAUUUAAGAUCCGUCCUGUUAGAGAACAGGUUUCCCCAGCUCCGCAUACUUGAUAUAUCAGUAAAUGAUCAGGGUGGAGUGCCGGGUAGUAUCCCGCUAACAAUCUCCAGUGCUCAGUCUCUACUGGAGAAAUGUGAUCUUUUGUCCGAGCUCAGAAUAUCCGAUUGGGAUAUAUCUGAUACUGAGUUUACUGGACUCCAGGAGCAAGUAAACACUAACAAUUGGAACCUGUCUCUAACACGGAAACGGAGAGUCGUAUAACCUUGUCUAGUCAAAUUCUCCAUCCGGAUAAAUUUUUGUUUUCUCUCGGAUCUCGUCAAUGUAUUAUUUAAUAUUUUUAUAGUUAUCAAAUUGCAGCUUAACAAUACAUUCUGUAAAAGUUAAUUUAUAUAAUAGAUAUUGUAUAGAUGAAUUAUAUUUACAUUAUUAGGCACAAGCAGUGUUUUAUAUGCACCGUUUUUCAGA